GUGGCUGGCCCUGGAUCAUCUAGCUAGUAAGCGCCUGAGGUCAGAUUUGAAUUUGUCUUCUGAUUUCAACACCAGCACGCUAUCCAUUUCACCACCCAGCCGCCAUUGAAAGAGCCCCAAAAAGGAGAGGCUUUGACGCAUCCUCAGAUGUGACUUGGAAGAACCAGCAAAAGCGAUUGGAAGAAAAUAAUGGGAAUUAUCAGAAACAUUUACAUUCUGUAUAGUAUUGAUCUGUCUGUGCUGUGUUGUGCUCUACUGUUACCUGGAUUAAGGGAAUUAACUACCACCUGUUCUCAAGACUAUCUUAAAAAUGUUCUUAAGGAUAUGUCACCAAAAGCUACCACAAUGGAUCUGUCCAACAAAAUCCCAUGUCAGCCUCAGAACCUGGACUUCAGUCCUUUCCCUAAGCUCAAAGUUUUGAUUCUUUCUCAUAACAGAAUUCAACACCUGAAUAUGGACAUCUUCCGAUUCAACAAGGAGUUAGAAUACUUAGAUUUAUCUUACAAUAACCUGAGCAAUAUUUCUUGUUAUUCGCUUCUUUCCCUCAAGCAUUUCGAUCUUUCUUUUAAUGACUUUGACAACAUUCCCAUCUGUCAGGAGUUUGACAGUAUGUCCCAAAUGGAAUUUUUAGGAUUGAGUGGAGCCCAGAUCCGAAAAUCAGAUUUGCAGAAAGUGGCUCAUUUGCAACUCAGCACUUUCUUCCUGGGCUUAAACCAUCUCUCUUACUAUGAAGAAGGCAGCUUGACCGUCUUAAACACUGAGAGACUUCAUAUAGUCCUUCCAGAGAAUGCUGAUUAUAGAUUUAUUUUGUGUGAUGGAAUCCACACUUCCAAAACCUUAGAAAUGGCAAAUGUCAGUAGGGAUCAAUUUACAAGCUAUGGAAGUCAGAAGAAUCCUCUUUUAGAGAGCCCAAAAUAUCCUAAAACUUCUCAUCUGUUACUCAGUAACAUACACGUACCAUGGCAGGAGUUCGUUGAAAUAAUGCAAUUUGUUUGGCACUCAUCAGUUCAACAAUUACAAGUACAGAAUUUGAUCAUUGGAGCCCAAAGUGAUUUAAAAUCCAGAUUAUUUAACUAUUCGAGUACCUCGAUGAAAGCUCUAAAGGUAGAACAUGUGACUGUUAGGACAUAUUCCUUCCGACAGGAUAUAGUCUACUUGUUCUUUACCAAAAUGGACAUCGCAAACUUGACAAUAUCAGAUGGGGGGAUGCCCCAUGUGGUUUUUCCUAAAUAUCCCACCAAAUUUCAGUACCUGAAUUUUGCCAACAAUGCCUUGACGGACGAAUUAUUUCUAAACACUCUUCAGCUGCCAUACCUGAAAACUUUCAUUUUGCAAAGGAAUAAAUUAGAAACACUUUCCACAGUGAGUUCUUUUGCUACCAAAACAUCCUUGGUACACUUAGAUCUAAGCCAGAAUCUACUGCAGUAUGCUGAUGGAAAAGAUUGCUACUGGCCAGAAACGCUCUCUACCAUGAAUUUGUCAUCCAAUAAAUUUACUGGCUCUGUUUUCCAAUGCAUACCAAAGAGCAUCCAAGUCCUUGAUCUGUGUAAUAAUGACAUCAGAACCAUCCCCAGAGAAAUUGAGAAUCUGAAAGCUUUAUGGGAACUGAAUAUUGCCUCCAAUUCUCUAACUGAUCUUCCUGGGUGUGAGAAUUUCCAACGACUUUCUGUGCUGAAUAUCGAAAUGAAUUCCAUUAUUAGUCCAUCUCUUGAUUUCUUCCAGACUUGCCAGGAAAUAAAAUCAUUAAAAGCAGGAGGCAACCCAUUCAGAUGCGCCUGUGACUUGAGAAACUUCAUCAACCUAGAAAAAAAAUCCCAGGGCUUGAUGAUUGGAUGGCCGGAUGCUUAUACCUGUGAAUUUCCUCUAGAAUUAAAGGGAAUUCUAUUAGAGAAUGUUGAUCUGCCAGAAUUAUCCUGUAACACUCCUCUACUGAUUGCUGUCAUUCUGAUAGUCGGGUUAAUUUGGACAGUUAUCAUGGCGAUGCUCUGUAUCCGUUUGGAUUUGCUCUGGUACCUGAGGAUGAUAGUUCAGUGGACUCGGGCCCAGCAUAGAAGUAGGAAUGUGCCCUUAGAAGAACUCAAGAGAACAAUCCAAUUUCAUGCUUUCAUUUCAUACAAUGAAGGGGAUUCCCUCUGGGUAAAGAAUGAACUGAUACCAAAUCUAGAGAAAGAAGAUAGUUCCAUAUUGCUUUGUCUCCACGAGAGACACUUCAUUCCUGGCAAGAGUAUUGUUGAAAAUAUUAUCAACUGCAUCGAGAAAAGCUACAAAUCUAUCUUUGUUUUGUCCUCUAACUUUGUACAGAGUGAAUGGUGCCAUUAUGAACUUUACUUUGCUCACCACAAACUAUUUCAUGAAGGUUCUAAUAAUUUAAUUCUCAUAUUACUGGAACCAAUCCCCCAGUACAUCAUUCCUACCAGAUAUCAUAAGCUAAAAUCUCUCAUGGCACAAAGAACUUAUUUGGAAUGGCCCAAGGAGAAGAAUAAGCAUGGACUUUUCUGGGCUAACCUUAGGGCUGCCAUAAGCAUUAAUUUGUCAGAAUCGGGAAAGAUGAACAGUUCACAGACGAUUUCAGAGUUAUAGGAAGAGCCAUGAACAUCAUCAUGAAAGAUAAAUACCUGGCACUGAAUUUCAUUUUUAUGCAUUUCUCCUCAAUAAAUCAUUGUGUAUUUGA